ACUGCCACUGAUGGUUACUGGAAAGCCACGCGGGGCGACAUCAUUGUACAAAGUAAAGGCCAAGAAGUUGGAUGGAAAAAGGUGCUUGUCUAUUAUGAAAAAAAUCUGAUAAUAACAAUAAAGGAACAAAAACUAACUGGAUAAUGCAUGAGUUUACGAUUCAUCAAAUGACGGACGUCGCACAUUCUUCUACAGAUGCAAUUCCAGAUGACAAGACGUUGGAUAAGUGCGUAUGUAGAAUUUACUAUAGAACAUCAAAAUCGAGUAGAAACGUAGAGCAAGACACACAAAUAAACAUGAUCCCAAUUCAAGAAACUGAUGUCGCCGAUGCAAAUUUGGCAGCAGCGUCGUUUUUUCACCAUCACAGUCCUGUGCCGGCCUUUGAUCAGUCGUCCUUGCAUGGUGCUUAUCUUCCCGACCUGCAAGCAAGCUUUAACAAUCAAUAUCAGUUGGUCCAUGAACCUGUUACGUACACGCAUGGAGAAGUGGCAAUGCAAUUGCAAAGUAAUAUUCUUCAAUCUCCUCAACCUUUUUAGCACAUUCCUGGUGAUCAGUAUUAUCCUUCGAUUCCACCUGAGACUGUUAUUCAAAGCAAUGAUCAGUAUAAUCCUUCGAUUCCACCUGAGACUAGUAUUCAAAGCAAUGAUCAGUAUUAACCUAUUACACACAUUAAUGGUGAUUAUGGUGAUUUCUUGGAUUUCAUGACUCCAUAUUUUUCAUCUCUAUUUGGUUUUUUACAGCCAUUGGAUGAUAAUAUAAUGGAUUCUCUUUUAGGCGAUUCGUCUAAUGCCCAAUUAGAGUAUUUGCCAAUUCCACAAACACAUGGCGUUGUAGGUGGCUCGGGUACAAGUAAUUUUGCAGCUUCCACUGAGGACUUUUAUUUACCUUGGCCUCCAAUAGAAUGGCGUGAUUAAAUUUGGCUGCAAAGUUGCUGGAUCUAUACUUGAGGACAGAAUGUGAAAAUCUUCUAUCAAGAGAAGAAUGCCAUUUUUUGCAAGUUUUCUAAGAAUUUAAACUGUUGAUUAUGUAUUGUUGCGGAAAUAUUAAAUAUCACAU